CUGACAUACAUAGUUCGGUCACGACGGCGGACACAGGAGGAUCUUACGUCUCCUCUGAUAUGAAUACGUAGUCGACAACGCGAGAUUAGUUUCCUCGAAAUUACAUUCGGUAUUUCUUAGCUCCUUUUUUUCGAAAUCGCGUUGACGUCAUUGCGUGUGUCACUAAUGGAAUUUUCACUUUUAUAAUUUAAAGGUAGUUAUAUAUGGAAAUUAAUGUCGCGAUAGGUCGUGUAUUGUGACAUAAAGAUAAUGUCAGACCCAUCAACGUGUUUACACUAUCAGUGUUUUAUCUACGGUGAGAAUGCGCUCAGUCACAGUUGAUGAUUAACUGUGAGACCAGACAAUUCUGAAGAUUUUGUUGAAUACGUUAAUUUUCGGAAGAAGAACACAAAAGAGGAUCGUGCAUCUUGCAGAAUAUCAACGAUUGAGAUGUCAUCGGGCUGAUGCUAUGGCAGCCGAUCUCUAUGCGAAUGGCUCUGUGAAGUCAACAUCCGCCAGGGCCGUACACAGCAUGGGGCAGCGUAAAUCGGGCACCCUGGGCGCCGCGGCGCCCGUAUCGGCAGAGGAGGAGCAACUGAAGUUUCAAGACAGUAGAUUUCUGACGACUUUGGUCGGCAGAAGUAGGAGAAUCUCGCCGGACGUUUUGCCGUCGUGCUCGCCCGGCGUGUUUCGGCAAAAAUCCUUCCGGUCGUCCACGCCGCCACCGGCGCCGAAGAAGGUGUCAUCGGCAUUUCCGACAGCGGGGCUAACGACGACGAUAAUCCCACGAAACUCCCGAGGUGCAUCCGCGACUGUGACGAACGAUCGCUGCGCAGCUCCUCGCGCCGCCACCUCCCAAACCGGCGUGACAGCUGUUCCACCACGUGACAGCGGCCCGCGGUCCGUCGUCGGCGCUUCUCUAUCGUUGACGUUGUCGCGGGGCGCCCGAGCAGCCAGCAAGCAGGCGCGCCUUGGUCCGGUACUGGCCAGUAAAAUGGCGUCCGCGAGCUCCUCCACGGUUGUGCAGGGCUGGCCGAAUACCAAGGACGAUUACGAGCUGAAGGAGGUUAUCGGGGUUGGAGCGACUGCUGUGGUGCAUGCAGCAUUUUGUAUUCCACGACAAGAAAAAUGCGCAAUCAAAAGAAUAAAUUUAGAAAAAUGGAAUACAAAUAUGGAUGAAUUACUGAAAGAGAUACAGGCAAUGUCUUCUUGCAACCACGAAAACGUCGUAACUUAUUACACAUCGUUCGUGGUAAAAGAAGAACUCUGGCUGGUCCUAAGAUUAUUAGAAGGCGGAUCCUUGCUGGAUAUUAUUAAGCAUAAGACCAGAACCACCAACUGCAAGCAUGGCGUAUUCGACGAAGCCACUAUAGCCACAGUUCUUCGGGAAGUACUCAAAGGACUCGAAUAUUUCCAUAGUAAUGGACAGAUUCACAGGGACAUAAAAGCGGGUAAUAUCCUACUAGGCGAGGAUGGCACAGUGCAGAUCGCCGAUUUCGGUGUCAGCGCGUGGCUCGCAACCGGACGCGACCUGAGUCGACAAAAGGUCCGACACACCUUCGUCGGUACACCAUGUUGGAUGGCGCCCGAGGUCAUGGAGCAGGACCAUGGCUACGAUUUUAAGGCUGACAUAUGGUCACUUGGUAUCACGGCGAUUGAAAUGGCCAGCGGCACGGCGCCAUAUCACAAAUAUCCUCCGAUGAAGGUCUUGAUGCUGACGUUGCAGAACGAUCCACCCACUCUGGAUACCGCCGCGGAUGAUAAGGAUCAAUACAAGGCCUAUGGAAAAACAUUCCGCAAAAUGAUUGUUGAUUGUUUACAAAAGGAUCCUACCAAGAGACCGACGGCUACCGAGUUACUGAAACAUCCCUUUUUCAAGAAAGCCAAAGAUAAGAAAUACCUGCAGCAAACGUUGGUAGCAAUUGGACCUAGUUUAGAAACACGUGUACAAAAGGCAUCAAAAAGACAACCCGGUACAUCGGGUCGUUUGCACCGAACAGUGACUGGAGAAUGGGUUUGGUCGUCAGAGGAAGAAGACAGUGGCGGAUCCAGCGGUGACGAAGGCGCCAAAGAGACGUUGCCAGUCAACACGAUCGAAAAAGCUAGCAGUGACGAAGACGCCGGCGAACCUGAUGAAUACUAUGGACAAAUCAAGGUAGCACCGAGUCAAAUUGCGAUACCAGCUACAGAGCAAAAUGUUCCUAUAAAUUUGGUACUAAGAUUACGAAAUGAAAGACGAGAACUUAACGAUAUUAGGUUUGAAUUCACCGUUGGAGUAGACUCGGCGCAAGGAAUCGCGGCAGAACUCGUCGCUGCAGGUCUAGUCGACGGUAAGGAUGUUGUAGUGAUAGCAGCAAAUCAAAAAUUGAUAGAAAGUGGAGGACAAUUACGGACAGUGACAUUUUCCUUGAAUUCUGGCUAUGCAGCCAAUGAAAUACCAGAUGACAAGGCGUUAAUAGGAUUUGCUCAGAUCUCUCUCACCGAUUGAACAAUUUCGAUUACCGAACUCCAUUUCUGAACUCUCAGGAUAAUGUUCUUAAUUGAUACACAUUCGUCUUCUGUUAAGAUCCAGAUAGUACCAAAAGCUAACGAUGAAUCAGCUAGAUAUUAUUUCUCCAGGUAAAUUAUAUCAUAAAUAAUAAAAAAUUCGAUACACAUAACAUAUACAUAAAUAUAUAUAAAUUUGUUUCGUUGAAUAUUCACAAGUUUAGCUUUUGAUACUUUCUUUUCUUUCAAACAAAUUUAAUAAUUAAUAAAACGUUGAUUGAUUAUAACAUAGAUAAUUGAAAUACAUAUUUGUAAUGACACAUUAGUAAUAAUGAACUGUGCUCAAGCGUGUCUGAUAACAUCAUCAAUGUUUAUAUGGAGGCAAUUAUGAACAGAGCAGAUAAAAUUAUUAUCAUUCACAUACUGGCUUAAAAAGUAUACACUUACUCUAAUCAAUAAUGGCUGUAGUUUUACAUAAUCGAAUUGUAUCAUUCGUAUUACAUCAGUCUAUGUAAAUAGUAGCAUUCAAUCAUUUGUUGAGUUUUCCUUUUCUUCUUUAUGAUUAAUGUAUCAAAUGGAAUAAAGAUACAUACUAUAAAAUGCGAUUUCAUAUAAGCGAACUUAGAGGAUCAAGAGAGAACGCUUGAUAAUCUAAUUUAUUUGCCUGAAAUAUAAGCCGUUUCUCUUGAAUAGCAAAGCUUUAGUUACAUAAAAAAAUGUUUUGAACACAGAAUUAUCAUGUCCAUGUAUCAUGUACAGAUUAUCCGUGUAUCUUGCUUGCUAGAAAAAAGCAGAUAGAGAGUUGGAAUAAAAUAAAACUCUUUUGUACUUAAAUAGACUUA